AUGAGACAUGCUACAUCAUGGCAAAAGAAUCAAUCAGAAGAUGACACUUUCAGCAAUCGACUUGAAAUUUCAAUCACUUCUCAACAAAAUAAAUUCGUUCGACAUUCUCAACGUUCAACUACUGAAUACACGAUUUUCAUUGAUACUCAGCAAGUCUAUUCCCUUUCUCUCGUCAUUUACUUUGCAAUUUUCGUCAUGCGACAACUAUCGAAUGAUACCGCGUCGUGGGUAUUGAUCGAUUCACCACUUCCAGCACCUUUAUUUUAUAAUUCAAAUUCAUACGACACAUUACCAAAUGGUGCUCCUCUCAUCAAUGAUAUCAAUCAUCCGAACAUCCCCAUUUCAAAUCUUCCGACGAUCACACCUCAACCGCCUAACAUUGAAACAAAUUCAGCUAACUACUGGGCAUUUGCAUUGACCGUUUUCCCGAUCUUCACCAUCUUCGGCAAUGUUCUCGUUGUUGUUAGUGUUUAUCGUGAAAAGUCUUUGCACACGAUAACAAAUUAUUUCGUUGUCUCACUUGCCAUAUCGGAUAUAACUGUUGCAGCUGUUGUUAUGCCGUUUGCUAUUUAUCUGGAAUUCAAUCGAGUUUGGGAGUUACCUGAACGUUUAUGUGAUUUUUGGGUUGCAUCAGAUUGUAUGGCAUGUACAGCAUCGAUAUUAAAUCUCGUAGCAAUUGCAGUUGAUCGGUAUAUUGCCGUUACAAAACCGCUUAAAUAUGCUCGACAUAAAAAUCCAAAGCGUGUUGCCAUUAUGAUUGUAAUCGUAUGGCUUGUUUCAUUCUUUAUUGCAUUACCUAUUGUUAGUGGUGUAAAUAAAUCAGAUAUAGCUGCCUAUCCACGUGUUCCUGACCAGUGUGUGUUUUUCAAUAAUAAAUUCUUGAUUUUCUCUUCUCUUGGCUCGUUCUUUAUUCCGGGCAUUAUCAUCUUUGCUAUCUACUAUCGCAUCUUCAUGGUCAUCAUGGCCCAAGCACGAAAGAAUCGUAAACAAUGGAGACCUAAAGCAGCCAUUCAAUCUGCUGCUGCUCAGCAUCGAUCCAAUGUGAAUAACUUAGUCACAUCAUAUCUUCACGAUCGACAUGAUUCAAAUCAUCAGCCCGCGCUCAGCGAUAGUAUCGAUGCGAAAUUGUUCGAACAAGCCUCAAAACCUGCAACGCUACCCAAUGAAGCUUUACCGACGUCGAAAAAUAAUGGAACAAACACAUUAGCAUUAAACACAACUGGCUUAACUCCAUCAAUCCGUGCGUCGAUUAAUGUCACAUCAUCGUCAGGUGAUCCUAUGGACGACGACGAACGAGAUGAUAUUGCACUAUUUGUGCAUAAUGAACAAAAGCGCCAUACAAAAAAACUUGAUCCUGACAAUCAAAUCGAAGUCCUCCCAAUAGCAUUGUCGAAAUCGAAUAAUAACUUCGGCAAUUCAAUUGGUGUCCAAAAGACAACAGUUGAUAAACCUGAUAAAGCUAACCAUAAUGACACUGACCAUCAUAACAGCAGUUUCACAACGCGACUGAAAGCAGAAACCAAUUCGCACGGUAUCCCGGCUACGACCACUCAAAACCCCGUGAACAAUGCGAAGACUGCUAAACGAAAAGCUUAUUCACGCAUAAAGAAAGAACGCAAAGCAACGCAAACAUUAAUCGUUGUGUUAAUUUGCUUUCUGGUUUGUUGGUUACCAUUCUUCGUGCUCAACAAUUUAGUUAAUGCUAUUUACAAGCUAUCCAAAGAAUCUGACGCUUUACUUAUAAACGAUUUCAUCGUGGUCCUUUGCGUGUGGUUAGGAUACAUCAAUUCGUUUUUAAAUCCGAUCAUUUAUACGAUCUUCAAUAUGGAAUUUCGAAAAGCAUUUGCAAAAAUUCUUUUUUCAUCAUGUCGAUCAUCUAGUCAUUCAUCUUCGUAA